AUAUCCUUAUUACUUUAAGAUAGUGGUGAUUAUUUCAAAAUAAAAGCAUAAAUAAUUAAUUUUCGAAAAAAAAAAACGUUUUAAGUUUUGGUGUAGCAAUAUUUUUUGUUCAACUAAUAAAAUUCAAUUAUCUCAAUGACAUGACGUGAAGUUAGCUUCUUAAUAGUAAUAAAAAAUUGAUCAAACUUAUACAAGUAACUUUCCCAGUUUUUUGCAUUCUACUUAGCGUUGAAUUAACGUUUAAUAAAAGUAGAUAAAUUAUUUGUUCUAGUAAAUAAUCGGCAUAUUAGUUUUACAUUUUUAUAUAAUCACCAAUUAUAGCUGUGAUAGGUUCUGUUAAAUAAAUUGUCCAUCUGUCAAUUUACGAGAAAACGUCCUUAAAACAAAAAAAAUCAUCUAGUUAAUCAAAUUCUCUUUAAUAUACACAAUGAGUACCCCUCAAACUUAUAAGCCCUCCGAAGCAAAAAGAGAAGAGUUCCGAAAAUAUUUAGAAAAAGCUGGGAUAAUGGAUGCCUUAACGAAAGUAUUAGUUAGCCUUUACGAAGAAAUUGACAAACCAGAAGAUGCUUUAAAUUAUAUAAUUGAUCAACUAUCGCUUCAAGCAGGAUUAGAAACCCACAAAAUGUUAAACGCUAAAUUAGAAGAAGCCACUAUGCAAUGUAAAGCUUUACAAGAGGAACUUUCAACAUUGAAAACUGCCGAAGAAGUACCUAACACCGCGGUUGAAGCACCAGAAGGGGGCGAAGCCCCAGAAGAAGAAGCUCCCCCCGCUCCCGCCGAGGAAGCCCCACCUGUGGAAGCACCAGAAGAAACUCCUCAAUAGUUAUAUUGAAUCAGAAGGUCUGUUACUUAUUCUAUUUAUACAUUUACUUGAAUAUCAAAUUUUUUUUAAAUAUUGAUAAAAUUCUACGUUUUUAGUUUAGUUGGGAAAAAUUUUUUUGUUUCUUUGACGAAUUUAUAUGAAUAAUCAAUUUUUUUUCGCGUUUGGUAUUCAAGUAAUAGAAAAAAGUUGUGUUUCAUUCGAAAAUUCGAGAUUUUUGUUCCUUUUUAUAUGGUGAUUAUUUUUGUUUGUACAAUAAAAGUUAUUGUUCAUUAAUGAGUAUUUAGUUUAUUAAAUAAUUUAACAUUAUGAAGUCCGUAACUCUAAUGUUUCAUUCUAUGUUAAUUACAGAGAAAGAAAAAUCGUCAAAAUUGAAAUAAUUUUAUUUAUACCAGUCCUGGACUGUCAUAUUUCAUCCUAUGAUGUCACAAUUGAAAUAUUUUGCUUUAUGCCGGUCCUGGACUAACGUAUUUCAUCAUCUGACGUCAGAAUUGAAAUAAUUUGGUUUUUGCGGGUCCUCAACUGUCUCAUUUCAGCAUUUGACGUCAGAAUUGAAAUAAUUUCAUGUCUUUAAACGUUCUUCAAUGUUUUUAGUGAUUUUAUUGCAACAAAUCACUAUGUUGCACUAUUAUAUUAAAAUAUGUAAAAAUUGAGUUACUUCAUUUCUCGCAGCUUUAAACUUACAGUUAUGGGUACUUAAACAGUAUUUUUUGUUUUCAGUAAUUUAAUUUAAAUUCCAUAAUAUUCCGUUUUAUUUAAAGAGUGAGUUUAGAAAUCUAAACAUCCCUCGAGGCAUUCCAGUAAUUAAUAAAAAAAAUAUUAAUAAAUUUGGAUUAUUUUAUUUAGUUUUUGGGGGUUAUAAUUUGAUAUGUACGAUAUUAUGGAUUACAAAUUUUAUGUUUAUUACAUUGUUUUUUCUAUUUUUUUAUGUUUCAUUUGAAUAAUAAAGUUUAAGUUUGAUUGAA